AUGUCCCAGGGCUCAUUUAUCCACCAUCUGUUCAAAGGCGGAGUUGAGCUGCCUACCAACAUAGUUGCACAUGAUUCAGCAGUCCAAAAGUUGUUCGAUGACAAGGAGAUCUCGUGGGGCGUCCAAUGGGAAUUGGCGCGUGGAGUGUCGACAAACUCCUGGACGUGGUAUGAUGUCAAGGAAAAGCUCAUUUCGUCGAAUUCGCUGUGCGGCACGGAUGAAGACGUCUUGUUUAAAGUCGCAUCGAUCAUGAAGAACCGACCUUUUUUCAGUGCUUCACUGGAAUACAAAAUCGGGAAGCAGAUGAUGCUCGAGCAGCUGGCACUUAUGGAGAACCAAGGUCGUGGCCUCGGCCCUAUGAGAGAUUUCCAUGGCGAGACCCACUGGUAUGGCGGACAAAUCCAGCAGAUCGGCCACCUCAUCGAACUCCAGAAAGACAAGUUCAAAGUCGAAUUGCAGCCAUUGGAGAUGCGCAAGUCAACACGUUUUGCGCGCUUUUUGGGCUCUCGUCGGAUGCUGCAGAUUCGCGUAUCUGAUAAACUCUUGAUGCGCGCCGAAAAGCCCAUCAGGGAAUUCCUGACUCAAAAGUUUGUUAUCUGCGGACGUGUCUUUGUUCCGUGGGUGCCAAAGGAAGGUUCUCUGUAUCUUGUCGAGGGCAACGAAGAUUUCGAGCGAAGAAGCCGAAGAUGGUGCGGCGAUCAGUACCGCUUGUCGUAUCCUACUAUUUUAGAAUGGCACAAUCCUGCAGCGCUGAAUUCGAAACAGGCGCGUCCCAUUGCGAAAUAUGUCACGAGGAAUACGCUUGGAUUGUCGACUUCGAUUCCUGGUUUAAUUUUUGAAGAGAGAAAUAUCCUGGAGAUUGAGGACGAAACCACUCCCGAUUGGAACGGCGAAGGGAAACCUUCCGCAGAUCAGCUCAUGACUGAUGGGUGCGGGUUUAUCAACGAGUCCGCCCUCAGAAGCAUAACUACCCUGCUCGGGCUUUCUGUCAUGCCGACCGCUGUUCAAGGUCGUAUCGCUGGUAGCAAGGGACUGUGGAUACGCCAUCCCAACAACUUUGAUGAAGAGUACAAAAUCUGGAUCCGACCUUCUCAGAAGAAGAUCAACUAUGAGCGGCUCGAUUAUUCUCAUCGCAUUCUUGAUAUCGUCAGCACUGGGAGCUCAUCGUCAAGUAGUGCACUUUCUUCCCAGACCCUUCUCAACCUGGCCUUCAAUGGCGUGCCCGAAGCCGUUCUGGUUGAGCUACUAAAGGAAGGACUGAAGAGGACGGUGGAUCCUCUCAUGGAGAAGAAGGGCAGGUUCGCAGAUGCAGGCCUUUGGGCAGCUGUGAACCAUGCUGGUGGUGUGAGCAGUGCGAGGAUACAAAGGCUUGCUGGAGGUCUCGCUCGGGUUCUGGGGUACGCCCGACGGGAAUGGAAUGUUGAGAUUGUCUAUGACGAUAAACGGGACGGCGACAAGAAGGUUCCUGGUGAUGAUACAGAGGAGGAAUUACCGCCCAUUAGUACGGGUCGGAACGAGUAUAGUGGUGAACCCGUGUCUCUUCACGAAGUUGCCCUUGAUCUUAUCCAAGCGGGAUUUACUCCCUCAAAGUCCCACUUUUUGCGAGAGAAGAUCAAGUACAUCAUUGGCACGGCAAUCAAAUCGGCGAUAGAAAAGUUCCGCAUUCCGCUCCCCGAGGGAAAGUCUGCAGAGGCUUUCGUUAUCCCUGAUCCAACGGGUCUCUUACGUCCUGGAGAGAUAUUCUACUAUUCUUCAAAGGCGAUCCUGGAUACAGAGACGAAUAAAGAGUUCAACAUCUUGGAGGGUGACGUGUUGAUCGGCAGGUACCCACUGAGACUUGCGUCGGAUAUUCAGAAGGUUCGCGCUGUUAACAUACGAGAGCUUCACGAGUACAAGAAUGUAAUCGUCGUCUCUAUUCAAGGGGAUAAGAGUCUCAUGACACUUCUCAGUGGCGGAGGUUGGUAUGUCUGCUUCCUUCUGUGGUUGAUGUCGCUCGUCCAAAAUUUUCAGAACAAGCCAUUGCGUCCUCCGCCAGAAGGUUUCAUGCAAACACAUUUCGAACGGGAUAUUCAGUCGGUCGCACAAUUUCAGGAAUGCGUCGAGCAAAAUCAGCGUACCCAGUCAGACUUCGUGAACAUCCUAAUGACCGGUCUCACGAAUGGGAGGGUUGGCUUGUAUUCGACAUUCCACGAUAACUCUGUCCGAAAGUAUGGAUACGACAGUGAUCAGUCAAUCCUGCUUUCUUAUAUGUUCAAUACUUUACUGGACGCUGGUAAAACCGGCCAUCGAUUACGACUUGAAUCCUACCGCGACCAUGACAAGAAUUUCAAGAAUCCGGGUCGCUCAGCUUCCGACGGGCGUCCUUUUAUCCUGGACAUACUGUCGGACGUUGGCAACUCAUUGAGGGACGACAUUCUGAAGGAGUAUGAACAACACAGGGUUAAUAGCGGAUCUGACGCCGACCUUCUCAAGCCACUGCUAGACAUCAAAAGACGCGUGGCUGCAGCAGAUGCCGGUAAUCCUCAGCAUCAAAAUGCGUGCGAGUUCCUCAAGCAAGAGCUGGAACUAGUCCAAAAACAUGUCCGUCGAGCUCAAUCUGAGUAUAAAAAGAUCUGGUGGGGCUCGGGCUCGGCUUCGACAUUCUCUACCGGAAAGAACAAGAACAAGAAGGAAGGAGACCAAAAGGAGGAUCAGGUACGAAAGGUUGCGGCCUUGUACGCGUCUGAAGUACCUGGAAUCUGCAUCAUGUCGGCCGGGGAAGUUGCGCGCGUCAAGGCUUCGUUUGUGUAUCAGGACACGUCUCGGUCCAACGAGAAUUUUGCGUUCAAAAUGGCGUUCAAGGACCUUUGUGAUAUCAAGGCAAGGGAGUCGGCUGAUGGGGCUGCGGUUGUGACGAGGUCUUUGGAUGACAUGAAGUCGUUUCCUACUGCUGCGAGGAAGCUUAUUGAGACUGGUUUGGAGAUGGAGCAGCGUGUAUCAUAA